CACAUGAGAGAGUGAUAUAAAUAGAGGCUUUCUUUGGCUAGAAGAUCUGCUUUGUUUCUCUUUUUGGGCACAAUGUACGCAGACUACAACAGGCCCAGUACAGCUCCUUCAGUCCUUCAGCCAGAUUUACGGACCCCAGUCGUACAACACGAAUACUUCCCAGGGCACAGGAACAACAGAUGGACCAUCACCCCUCCCCCAUCCUUGGCAUCUUAACUGUACAGUAUAAAGCUCAAAGUUCGGGGCUUAGGCUAGUCAUUUGCCAGUGGAGAAUAAGACUGGAAAGACAAUAGAAGACCAAAUUAAGUGAAGAACUGGUAGUAGAGUUGAGUUGAGUCAAUGAUGAAGACACAAACUCAGGACACCCCGACGAAACAUCAGGAGCACCUGAAGAGACAAAGAGACAUUUUGGCUUUCCGAAUGAAGAAGCUGUCGACAAAACAAUCUGACUUCAACAGCAAGACUGCGACUCUAAAAGAGAAGAUUAAGAAGAAAUAUGAUGACAUGAAGAGGGUUUUGGAUGAGGAUCUGAGAAUUACACUGAGCCAGUUGGAUAUUGAGACAGAGGCCAUGGAGAGAACUAUUGAGGACAGCAUUGAAAAAUGCUACCACCUCACGCAAGAAAUCGAUCAGCAGCUUGCUGAACUGUCUGCACAGAUGGAGAAAGAUCAACAUCAGGGUCAAGAGAAGAUGUCAGAGAUGGAGGAAAGGAUAAUGGAGGCUCUGAAGAAGACAGAUCCAGAGUUAAUACAGAUGGACGAGUUUAAGAAUGAACAGCUGCUCGGCUUGACCAUCAACCUGCUGCUGUUCAUACGCUCUCAGGUUCCUGUCACCAAGAAACUCUUCCAAAGCUACGCUCAAGAAGUUGUUCUGGAUUCUGACUCUGCUCACCCAAAACUUAUUAUUUCCCCUGAGGGCGACUUAGUCACUUACACCGAUACCUGGCAGGACGUUUCUGAAAACCCGUCUCGAUUUGACACAACCCUGAAUGUAAUUAGCCGGAAGGGCUUCACAGAUGUUCGCAACUACUGGGAAGUACAGGUAGCUGGUAAGACAUACUGGGAACUAGGGCUCACAUACCCCAACAUCCCUAGGAAGGGCAAAGAGGAGGACUGCUGGUUGGGCCGUGGCCCAACGUCCUGGUGUGUUGAGUAUUUCAGUGGCGAAUACACGGCCUGGCACAAUGGCGUUCCCCACGAGCUCACCCAUGUAAGUGGGAGAUGUUUUCAGCGCAUUGGCAUCUUCUCCAGCUCAGAAGGAGGUUUGGUUUGUUUCUUGGGGGCUGAUACCAUGACACCUCUGUACAGUUUUUGUGCAGGAACCUUCACAGACUCUCUCUACCAGGCUGUCUGUCCUGGUCAUGACAACCAGGAGACCAACAGGAAACCGCUGAUAAUUUGCGAUGCCUCAAAAUCCCCCCCAAUCUUGUGAUGGACUGUAGAUGAAGGUUGGGGUCUAAUUCAUUUAUUUAGUGAGGACUCAUUCAGUUAAACAAAAGUGACAGUAAAGAUGUUCAUAAUGAUUACCAUUUUAAAAGAAUGUGUUUUUUUUUUUUUUUUUUUUAAAGGAAAAAUAAAACCCGCCCAUUUACUCGUUCCAGGGGUAAAAUACACAUUCCCCUGGUAAAAUUCACAUUCCAGGGGCUAAAUAUCAUGUUAUUGGGUUACUUCACACCACGGACAUUGAAAACACCCUGUGACAACAGUGUUAAAGUAUCCCAAUUCCACGGGAAAACCGUGGACUUGGCAACACUGACCCUGGGUAUUAAGACUUGUAUGGCUUAAAGGAGUAGUUCACUUCCACAACAAAAAUUUACGGACAAUGUACUCACCCCCUGGUCAUCCAAGAUGUUCAUGUCUUUCUUUCUUCAGUCGUAAAGAAAUUAUGUUUUUUGAAGAAAACAUUUCAGGACUUCUCUCCAUAUAAUGGACUUCUAUGGUGCCCCCAAAUUUGAACUUUCAAAAUGCAGUUUAAAUGCCGCUUCAAAGGGCUCUAAAGAUCCCAGCCAAGGAAUAAGGGUCAAUUUAUUUACUUUUUAACCUCAAACACUUGUCGCAUCUAGCUCUGUGCAAAGCCACUAGAUGGCAAGCCUGCAACCAUUAGCUGAAAAAGUGUAACAGCUAAAGCUAAUGCUCUGGUCUGGCAGUAUAUGGGAAAGGAGACUUUUUGCGACAGGUGGGAUUCAGUUUACGGCACUUCUAAUUUAUUCCUACGGUAUCUGUAAACAGCCAUUGAGUGUUGUAAUGUGAGUGGUUAUUAAAGGAAAAGUCCACUUCCAGAACAACAAUUUACAAGUCAUUUACUCACCCCCUUGUCAUCCACGAUGUUCAUGUCUUACUUUCUUCAGUCAUAAAGAAAUUAUGUGUUUUGAGGAAAACAUUUCAGCAUUUUUCUCCAUAUAAUGGACUAAUAAUAUGGUUUCUCCAUAUAAUGGAAAAUAAUAUGGUGCCCUGAGUUUGACAAGACAAGACGAGCGUUUGAGAAUAAAAAGUAUUUAAAUUGUAUUUUUUUGAUGUACAUAACCGAUCGUUUCACUAGAUAAGACCCUACUUCCUCGGCUGGGAUCGUUUACAACCGCAUUUGGGAUCGUUUGAAGCCACAUUUAAACUGCCUUUUGGAAGUUAAAAUUUGGGGGCACCAUUGAAGUCCAUUACAUGCAGAGAAAUCCUGAAAUGUUUUCCUCAAAAAACCUAAUUUCUUUACGACUGAAGAAAGAAAGACAUAAACAUCUUGGAUGACAAGGGGGUCAUUAUCUGUAAAUUUUUGUUCUAGAAGUGAACUAAUCCUUUAAUAUAACAAAUGAUGUCUCUUGCUGAAAUAUGUAGUAGAAAUCCUAUGAAAGAUUUAAGUUAUUUUAAAAAAUCCACAUUGUUUUAUGCAUAUUUUGAACUAUGGGGCUGCGCACCAAAAAUAAUGGCACCCACCAUAAUCCAAAAUAUGUAUCAAAUGAUGUGGAUUUUUUUAAAAUAAUGCAAAUCUUUCAUGGGGUUUCUACUAUAUAUUUCAGUAAGAGACAUCAUUUAUGUUAUAUUAAGCCACACAAGUCUUAAUACACGGAAUUCCAUUUAACUUUCUAUUCAGUCCCGGAUAAAAUAUAUCACGGUUUUCACAAAAAUAUUAAGCAGCACAUGUUUUUUCAACAUUGAUAAUAAUAAGAAAUGUGUCU